AUGAAAUUUGGACACAACCUACCCCGGAACCAGGUCCCUGAAUGGGCUUCGUUUUACAUCAACUACAAAGGCUUAAAGAAACUCAUCAAGACUGCAGCCGACGCGUCCAGGCACGGUGCAGAUCUGGACCUAGCAGAAUUCUUUUUUUCCCUCGAUCGCAACCUCGAAGAUGUUGAUAGUUUCUACAACCGAAAGUAUGCCGAAUCCGCUCGCCGUUUGCGACUACUGCAUGGCCGUUAUGGGCGAGCGGCGCAGAUGCCAGAGGGUAUCGACAAAGAUGAAGCGCAAGAUCUCAUGGGGGCACUGCUGGAGCUGCGAAGCCAAAUGCGAAAGCUACAAUGGUACGGAGAGGUGAAUCGCAGAGGCUUCAUCAAGAUUACCAAAAAGUUGGAUAAAAAGAUACAGAUGGUAUGCUUGCAGGAACGCUAUUUGGCGUCAAAGGUCAACCCAAAGCCUUUUGCACACAAUCUGCCUCUGAACCAGGACAUGAAGUCGGUCAAUGAAUGGCUAUCAGGGCUCGGUGACAUCAAGACGUUUGAUGACAGUGGAUCCACGCAUUCCGGCGCAUCCUUGGGCCGUGUGCCGGGUCGUUCGCUACACCUUCCUUCCAGUCUGCUUGAUGUUGUGGAUACAGCCAUCCGCAACGACAAGGUCGACGACCUCAGCCAACAACUGGCAGAAGCCGCCUCCAAUAACGGCCUCGUCAGCCCUUCCUUUCAGCAGGUCCUUUUGAACUUCUUACAACGUGCCAUUUCAUGUCGUGCCAAAUCGUGCAUAGACCGACUCUUGCAAGAUAUCAUCUCCUUGGAAGAGGACGACGACAUCAACAAGCGUAAUUGUAUUCAUCGCCUCGUCAUCAACAUCGGUCGUUCGAAAAGCGGUGAGACGCUCGGUGCCGAGGGAGCCUCUCUUCAAAGUUCGAGCGAAGCAAGGAACUUCAUUGUGCCGGCAACGACACCAAAUCGUCUACCACGUCCGUGUACUACAACGGAGGAAGAGUCAGCCAAACUGCUGAGUGCAAACGAUGACUCUGUGCGCCUUCUCAUACAUCUUCUAGACCAACUACGCCCGGGUCAGCGAGCGGCUUUGCAAUCCCGUGACUCCUAUGGUAGGCUUCCUCUUCACUAUGCCGCUCAGUAUGGCUUCGUCGUCAUUUGCCAGGUUGUCAUUGCCCAUAUGCAAGAGUGGGGCCAGUUCGAUGUCUCGCAAGGCAUCGACUCAACAUAUUGGCAAGAUGCGGAGGGCAAUGCGCCGCUUCAUCUUAGUGUGGCUGGAGGACACCCACUCACAACGAAAGCGUUGUUGGAAGCAGAAAAUUGGCUUGGGCUGAGUCAGGAGAAGCUCUUGGCCAGAAAGGCCACAUCCCAAACUGGAAUUGCAUUAGCCCUCGCAACUCGAUCAAAUUUUGUCGAAAUCGUGCGACUGCUCGUCGAAGCUGGUGUCGAUGUCAACUAUCAAGAUGAAGGAGGGGAAACGGCUCUACAUAUGGCUGCACGGUACGGCUAUACGGAGUGUGCAAAAGCGCUUCUUGAAGGCUCGAAGACGAACAAGGCACAGGUCGACAUAUGUGAAAAAACGUUUGAAUGGACUCCACUGUUCAUCGCUUGCGUCGAUGACCAUCUUCCCAUAGUGGAGAUUUUAGCUGCUGCAGGGGCUGAUCUACACCGUGCCGAUAAUUCUGGAUGGACGGCAAUAGAACAUGCUGCGCUGCGUGGGCAUAUGGGCAUUGCGGAGAAACUGGCAGAACUUGCUCCUGCAACAAAGUUGCCACGCACAACUCCCUCAGGUACCAGAGUUGCUCGGGCUGGCUCGCCGCCUCAAUCAUCCCUGGAUGAGCGAAGAUCGAAGAAUCUAAACCGGGAAGGGCCCAGCGCUGUCCAGAAAGUUCCCGAGCCUGUAAAAACCUUUGGCCAUCGGUACUUGACGCAAGAGACUAUGGUGUUGGUCAGCCUGGGCUCCAUGGACAUUAGGAAGGAUACACCUGCAGUCAAGCUUGAAGAUAUUCCUCUUGCUGACGCGCAUGCCACACAACUUGAUACGGCAUUGUCUUUGGUCGUCACCGCUUCCGGGGCUAGCGGAGAGCCGACUUUCAUUGAUCUUCCCGUACAGGAGAACAUUGCCACAGAACCCAUUACCUUCACCACAACCGAUAUUAGCAAAGUGAAACUCCUCUUCGACAUUGUUCCCACCUAUGCUGGAUCACACGAGCGAGUAGUAGGACGUGGUGUCGCUCUCUUGUCUACCAUCAAGACCAGCAUUGGUUCGAAGCGCAUCUCUCUUCAAGGUGACAUGAAGGUCCCGAUCGUGGCAGCUUCAACACUAGAAGUUAUUGGUGCAGUCAACUUCAACUUCCUGGUCAUUACUCCCUUUCAACAUCCGAACAUGUCCGUCACCGAACAGCACACUUACUGGAAGAAGAUGGCGCUUACAUCAACCAUGGUCAUUGGCCAUCGCGGCCUUGGAAAGAACACAGCCUCACGCACCUCUCUGCAAUUGGGAGAAAAUACUUUGCAAUCUUUCAUCUCCGCUGCCAACUUGGGCGCAGAAUACGUAGAAUUUGACGUACAAUUGACCAAGGAUCUUGUUCCUGUCAUCUACCACGACUUCUUGGUAAGCGAAACAGGAAUCGAUGCGCCGGUCCACACCCUCACAGCAGAUCAAUUUCUUCAUCUUGGUGAAAAUCAAAAGCCGCGAUCCUCUCGCAAUGGAUCACCGGAGACUGUGCCUGUUCCCAGUGACGUGAAUGGCAAUGGCGAUAGGCCAACAAACACGAGAAGAUUGCGGUCCUAUUCGGUUGACAAUUCCACCCAGCGCAACGUCCAUACGGAUCGUCAAAACGACCUCACAGAACGCAUGAAGCAUACGCGUGACUUUAAGAAGAAAGGGUUCAAGGGAAAUCACCGUGGCUCGUCUAUUCAAGGAGAAUUUGCCACACUUGAGCAAAUGUUCAAUAAGCUACCCGAAAAGGUUGGCUUCAAUAUUGAGAUGAAGUACCCCAUGCUUCACGAGUCUGAAGAGGAAGAAAUGGAUCAAUAUGCCGUGGAGCUUAACUCGUUUGUUGACACCAUUCUGCAGACUGUAUACGACAAGAUGGGUGCUCGGAACGUCAUUUUUUCUUCGUUCAACCCGGACGUAUGUCUUAUGCUGUCGUUCAAACAACCGUCUGUUCCCGUUCUCUUCCUCACCGACGCGGGAACUUCGCCUGUGGGCGAUGUACGUGCCGCCAGUCUACAAGAGGCUAUUCGGUUUGCGAGUCGUUGGAACUUGCUUGGGGUCGUGAGCGCCGCGACACCGCUUGUCAUGUGUCCGCGGUUGGUCAAGGUGGUCAAGGAGAGCGGAUUGGUCUGUGUCAGCUAUGGGACACUGAACAAUGAUCCCGAGAAUGUAAAGCUUCAACGCAAUGAAGGCAUCGACGCUGUCAUUGUGGACAGCGUUCUAAAGGUUCGACAAGGACUUCAGGCCCCCAACCAGGACCCUGCUGAUGGAGAAACGAAUGGGAAAACGCUCAUUGCACCGAGCACGGAAGAAGUUAGCGAAGCAUCGAAGGGGACGGUUUUCAACGGACAGCCCAAUGGCACUGCAACUUUGGCGCUCUCAUGA